GCCCGCCUAUCAGCAGGUGCAUGCUGCGAGCUGCGACCGCGCGACUGUGUGGCUUCGUGAAGGCGACUUCGCUGCCCUCAGCUGGGUUCGUGAGUUUUUCGUGGCUUUUUCGCAAAUCGAAUACCAGCCAGCAAUGAGCGAUCGCUACAGCUUCAUCCCUGCGACGCGGGAGCAGGUGGAGACCAUCAGGAAGAGUCUGGGGACAGACGAAGAGGACAUCAAGAGAACCGUAGCGUCUGUGCGAGACUGGCUCAGGAUGCAGCCGCAUCUGCCCGACGAGAUAGAUGACGCACGCAUCGAGAGGAUGUACGUAAACUGCAAGUGCAGCAUAGAGAGGGUUAAGAAAGGAUUGGAUGCCUACUUCUCGCUGAGGACCAGGUAUCCGGAGAUGAUGAUGAAUCGUGACCCUAUGGGAGCCGACAUUGUGAGCACCAUGGAACACAUAGUGAUGCUGACGAUGCCUCGCCUUACCAAAGAGCUCUACCGGGUGCACAUCUUCGCCGACCCCGACCCGGACCCCAAGUGGGUCUCCUGGACAAAUUAUGGAAAAACCGUCUCCAUAAACCUCGACUGGAUGCUAUUGAAUGACUACUCGCUUGGAGACGUCGUCGUCAUGGACCUGAAGAACACGACUGCCGGACACGUCCUCCGGUCUGAUAUCAAUAUGAUACGGGCUAUUGAAUUUGGCUACAAGACUGCCUAUUGCCGGAGCUUGAAAGCAUUACACUUGAUAAAUGCUGACAAAGUAGUUGAUUUGGCAAUGAAAAUAUUGAAGGCAGCUCUCUCCGAAAAGUUGCAGAAGAGGAUACACGUCCAUCCUCCAGGAUCAAAGACGCUGUUUGACCACGUGGCAAAGGAAUAUCUGCCGGACGAACUAGGAGGCACUGGUGGUCCUAUGGACAAACUUGCCUAUGAUUUCUUCAGAAGAACGGAGAAGAUGCGAGACUGGUUCUUGGAGCAGGACCGCUACAUCUCGGACGAGAGCAAGAGGCCACCGGACAACCACUACGCCGACGACUUGUUCGGAAUGGCGGGCUCCUUCAAGAAACUCUCAGUAGACUGACGCAGUUUCAUUUAAUAUUGUAGAUUCUGUUACAUGUGAUAGUAAACUGUGAUACACAGGGUGAACUGGGAAUCCACCAAGAAAAUUCCAAGCUUUUUUAGUGAUAACCUCUGCUUUGGUAUAAUGGACCCGUGGCCUCCGGUGGUUCGUUGGAGAAUAGCAACACUUCGUUUGAUGUUUUCUUAUCGAGGUCUUCAGUUGAAAACUGGUUUGGUACAGAACACAAUGCUAGUCUGUCCUCUGCACAAACUUCUUCACCUCUCCGUAUGUACAGCAAUCGCCGUCAAUCCCACUACUUCCUUCCACUACCGAAUUGAUAAUCCCCUGAUUCCUGCGGAUGUCUCAUUCUUCUGUAGCACCAAGCUUCGAAAGCUCCUGUUCUCUUCUUGUCUGGCUAUUUAAUCGUCCACAUUUCAUUUCCAUCCAAUACUACACUCCACAUAAACACCUCCAGAAACAAAUCCUAAAUUACUUAUAUUCAGUGUCAAGAAAUUUAUAUUUUUCACAAAUGCUUCUCUUGCAAUUCCCAGUCCGCAUUCUAUAUCAUGACUACUUCGAUUAUCGUCAGUUAUUUUAAUGGUCAAGCAGCAAAACGGUAAGUGUCUCAUUUUCUAACCUAAUUCCCUCUGCUCGCCACAUACAAUUCGCUGAACUUUAAUUCCCGUUCCAAAUAUCUCCUUAAUUUCCUUUACUGCCUCAAUGUACACAUUGAAUUACAUGUACGAAAGGCUACAGCCCUGUAUCAAUUCCUCCUAAACUACCGGUUUCCCUUUGUGCCGUUCGAAUCUGGUAACUGCAGUCUGUUUUCUGUACAAACUCUACAACUUUCAGUAACUGCAUUCUUUCCCUUUUAUCUUCACGUUUUCCCAACCAACAUAGUCUUUAAAUCUAUAAGCGCUUUAAAAAUGGGUUUGCCUCUACUCAGUCAAUCUAAGUCGUAGGAUCACUAUCGCCUCGCACGAUUCUAUCUUUUUCCGGAAUCCAAAAAAGUGGCUUCCACCAAUUUUUCCAUUCUUCUGCAAAUUACUCGUGUCAGCAUUCUGACACAAAUUUGUUGUACAGAUGGCUCUCUAAUAUUCGCACCUGACAGCGGCUGCCUUUUUUGAAUCAUAAUUACAGUUUUCUUGAUUUCUCACCUGCUCCCAUUUCUGCUUUGUAUCCAUAUUACACUGAAAAUAUCUAGUGAUUGGGAUAACAAACCGAAUAAGUCAUAAUGAAAUUAUUACUCUGUAACUAGCCACCAGAGAGCACGGCUGCUUUAUACCAAAAUACUUAGGAAAUUCCUUGAACAAUCUCUGGAAUUUUUGCCAGUGAUUCAAGCUCACUCGGAUAUGUCGUACGCGUGUUCUUCCACAGGGACUAGGUCUAUGAGACCUCCACUAUAUCACUGCAUGCUCCCUGUGUCUAAUAUGACUCUUGUAUGAAACUGAAGAAAGAAUAAUAUUGUGUU